AUGAUCUUCAACCAUUCUGGCAUCAUGACUUUCACUCUGAUGGGCAUUCCUGGCUUAGAGUCACAGCACGUGUGGCUAUCUAUUCCUUUCUCUUCCAUGUUCUUGGCCAUCCUUAUUGGCAAUGGUACUAUCCUCUUCCUGGUCAUCAUGGAGCCCACACUUCACACACCAAUGUACCUGCUCCUGGCCCUGCUGAUGGUCGCUGACCUCAUCUCCACUAUAGCCAUUGUGCCCAAGCUCCUGGGCCUCUUCUGGUUCAAUAAUGGAGACAUGGAUGCCCGUCUCUGUCUCACUCAGAUGUUUUUCAUCCAUGGAGCCUCUGUGGUACGAUCAGCCCUGCUUGUUGCAAUGGCCUUUGACCGCUUUGUGGCUGUGUGUGAGCCGUUACGCUACAAUGCGAUUUUUAGCCAUUCUCUAGUUGCUCACCUGGGACUGAUGGCUCUGGCCAAGGGGGUGAUUCUUGUCUUACCCAUGCCUCUUCUACUUCAAAGGCUGACUUUCUGCCGCACGACCAUUCCUCACACAUACUGUGACCACAUGGCUGUGGUGAAAAUGGCCUGUAGCAACACCAGAGCCAAUAGUAUUUAUGGGCUCUUUGUGAUCUUGCUUGUGAUAGGACUUGAUCUACUGCUCAUUGGCUUCUCAUACACCCUCAUCCUGCAGGCUGUGGUACGCCUCAACUCUCGCGAUGCCACUUGCAAAGCUCUGGACACCUGCUCAGCCCACCUCUUCGUCAUCCUUAUCACUUACGCGCCUGCGCUCUUCUCUUCCAUCGCGCACCGCGUCAUCGCUCACAGCACCCCGCCCCACGCCCACAUUCUCCUGGCUAACCUCUACCUUCUCCUGCCUUCCACGCUCAACCCCAUCAUCUACGGCAUAAAGACGAAGGAGAUAAGGGACAAAGUAGCCAAACGCCUAUGUAGAUGGCACCUACCAGUGAUAGUACUUCAACCAAGUGAGUGA